AUGUUCUCCGUUGCCCUCCUGGGCAACUCGGCCGUCGUCCUGGUGGUGGCGAAGGAGCAGGCCCUCCACCAGCCCAUGUACAUCUUCCUGGCCAUGCUGGCCCUCAACGACGUGGCUCUCUGCCUGGUCAUCGUCCCCAAGGCGCUGGCCAUCUUCUGGUGGCGAGCGGAGGAGAUCUCCUUCCAGGUCUGCCUGGCCCAGAUGUUCUUUGUCCAUGCCUUCUUCCUCUCCGAGUCGGCCAUCUUGCUCGCCAUGGCCUUCGACCGCUUCGUGGCCAUCUGCCGGCCACUGCGGUACAUGGCCAUCCUCACUGGCACCACCCUGGCCAGGAUCGGGGCCAGCCUGGUGGCCAGGAGCGUCUGUGCGGUGGUCCCGGGGGUCUUCCUCCUCCGCAGGCUGCCCUACUGCCGCACCAACGUGAUCCGCCACACCUACUGCGAGAACAUGGGCAUCGCCAAGCUGGCCUGCGCAGACGUCACACUCAACAGUGCCUACGGCUUGGCGGCCGCCUUCCUGACCUGGACGCCAUCCUCAUGGUGGUCUCCUAUGUCCUCAUCCUGUGGGCCCUCCUGA